CCUACUUUUAGCACUCGUACCUUGUCAUAAUUGCUGAUGCGCGCCCGCUGUUGCACCUCUUUAGAAAUCUGCCAGAUACUAAACUCAACCUCAUCGAACCUCCAUCAACCUAGCUUCCUUCGCUCCUGCGCUCCAGAUACACUAUCCAAUCCCAUUACCGCUUACCCAUCGGAACAUCAGCAAACAUGGAUUUCAAGGCCCUGCAAAAGAGUCUCACGAAUCUGGGAGGCCAGAUCACCCCCUUUGCAUCGCGCACCUUCCAGUACACCAAGGAGCAACUUGGUCAGGCUGAGGACAAGACUGAGCUUCCUCCCGACUACAUUGACUUGGAGAAGAGAGUGGAUGCCUUGAAGCAGGUCCAUCAGAAGAUGCUUUCUGUGACCUCCCAAUACUCCCACGAGCCCUACGACUACCCUCCCAAUAUCAAGGAGACAUUCCAGGAUCUCGGUCGCACAGUCAGCGAGAAGGUCACUCUUCUCUCAUCUGCCGCAUCCCCUGCCGAGGCCCAGGCUGCCCUGACCGCGCCUCCCACUGCGAAACCGCAGCCAAAGACCUUCCCCCAUGCCAUCGCCCGCGCCAGCUUGGCAAGCAGCCAGACCAUGCACCAACAGCACACAGGUGCUGGGGAGGACCCAUUGGCCACCGCCCUCGAGAAAUACGCCCUGGCCAUGGAGCGUGUGGGUGAGGCCCGCCUGGCCCAGGAUGCCCAGAUCCAGAGCCGCUUCUUGGCUGGAUGGAACACAACCCUCAACACCAAUCUGAAGUUCGCAACCCGGGCACGCCAGAAUGUCGAGAAGGCCCGGUUGACCCUGGAUGCCGUCAAGGCUCGUGCCAAAGGAACCACCUGGAAGAUGGCCGGCUCUCCAAAGGGAGAAGGCACCCACGAAGAGCAUGAGCUGAGCCCCGAGGCACAGGAGGAGAUUGAGAAGGCUGAGGAUGAUUUUGUCACCCAGACAGAGGAGGCUGUCAGCGUCAUGAAGAAUGUUCUGGACACCCCUGAGCCACUUCGCAACCUGGCCGAUCUUAUUGCUGCGCAAAUGGAGUACCACAAGAAGGCCCACGAGAUUCUGAGCGAGAUUGCGCCCAUCAUUGAUGGUUUGCAGGUCGAACAGGAGGCCACCUACCGAAAGAGCCGCGAGAGCUCUUCUUAAAUGAAGAAGCCCCAUCAUUCAUACUCACUGCUGCAAUUUGCGCGUGAGGUCUCUGAAGUAGGUAGUUCGUCAACGCCCCGUCUGGAUGACGACAAGGAAGGGCUGGAUAGGAGUGCCUUAGUGGUAUCUUCCAUUAACAUCUGGGCGUUAAUGGGCUAGGUCAUGGUCUUUUUCACCCUUGUGGUUGGCUUCUAUUGCUGUCUAUCUUCAGGCUUGGAGUUUCUCUUGUCCCAUGAUAUCACUUGAUUUAGCUUUGGAUGCGACUUUGUCCUCCACAAUACAGUCUGACAGUGGUCAUUGAGUCUUUUUGCCGCAACAGUACCUUGCCUACUGAAAAUUCUUAGCAGGAAAUUGCCUAGAAAGCAAAGCCUUAGC